AUGGCUGUGCUGCAAUCUUUCGUUGAGGUUCAUCCAGAUUCUCACUUCCCAAUUCAGAACCUUCCCUAUGGAGUCUUCAAGCCUCGCCCCUCUUCCUCUCCUCGCCCCGGCGUCGCCAUCGGCGACUACGUCCUUGACCUCUCCGAAAUCGCCUCCGCCGGCCUCUUCGACGGUCCUCUCCUCCGAAACUCCGAUUGCUUCCUUCAGCCUAAUCUAAAUAAGUAUGUAUCCCUUGGAAGGCCGGCCUGGAAGGAAGCUCGUGCCACUCUUCAAAAGCUUUUAUCUGCAACUGAGCCAACCUUGAGGGACAACACGGAAUUGAGGCAGAAGGCACUUGUGCCUUUGAGUAGCGUCGAGUUGCUUCUCCCUGUUGCUGUUGGGGACUAUACUGAUUUCUUUACAUCUCUGCAUCACACUAAAAAUUGUGGGCUCAUAUUUCGUGGGCCGCAGACUCCUGUUCUAGAUAACUGGUAUCGGCUGCCUGUUGCCUACCAUGGACGAGCAUCUUCUAUUGUUAUUUCCGGAACAGAUAUCGUUCGGCCAAGUGGUCAAGCUCAUCCAUCUGGCAGCUCUACACCCUACUUUGGCCCUUCAUUAAAGCUAGACUUUGAGUUGGAAAUGGCUACUAUUGUUGGACCUGGAAAUGAAUUGGGAAAACCAGUGGAUAUUAACAACGCUAAUGAUCACAUCUUUGGACUUGUUCUAAUGAACGACUGGAGUGCCCGAGAUAUUCAGGCAUGGGAAUAUAUUCCUCUUGGUCCUUUUCUUGGAAAGAAUUUUGGUACAACAAUAUCUCCUUGGAUUGUGACCUUGGAAGCAUUAGAACCUUUUGCUUCCGAAGCCCAAAAACAGGAUCCUCCUCCACUUCCAUACUUGACGGAAAAAGUAUCCAAAAUCUAUGACAUUUCCCUUGAGGUUCAUAUAAAACCUGCUGGGCAUGAAGAUUCAGGUGUGGUGACACGAAGUAAUCUAAAGCACUUAUAUUGGACAUUGACCCAACAACUUGCUCACCAUACAAUCAAUGGUUGCAACCUUAGGCCUGGGGAUCUCCUUGGAACUGGGACAAUUAGUGGUCCUGAGUCAGAGUCCCGAGGAUGCUUGCUAGAGUUAACUUGGAAUGGACAAAAUGCGCUGUCAAUAAAUGGGUUAAGCCGGAAAUUUCUUGAAGAUGGAGAUGAAGUCAUCUUAACUGGAUAUUGCAAGGGAAGUGAUUACACGAUUGGGUUUGGUACCUGCUCGGGCAAGAUUGUUCCAGCAGCCUCCUGA